AUGGCUUCGUUAUUCAAACCCCCUGGAUCAGCGAGACGCAAUGACAAAUCACCGAAAUUGACUCUCCCGCCCUUGUUGAGAAACAACAAUGCAGCCUCUGGCAUCGGAGGAAAAGAUGUGGAGGGCGAUUGUACUAACAAACAGCCCUUGGAAAGCACCUCAUCCAUGAACUCAGCAUCUUCGGAUGCCACAUUGACGUACGCCAGCCAGCAACGAAACUACUCGACUUCACCAUCGGGUCCUGUGAAAAAUGUAAAGAAGAGACCAGUUCCGCCGCCCCUGCCGCCUUUGGUGCUUACGGAGAUAAAGCAGUCGCAGGGCAAAUCAUCAGGCGAGAACCUGAGCUCCGUAUCGGACUCUUUACACAAGCUACAGUUGAACUCGGAUGACCCUGCAAGCGGAACCGUAUCCCCCAACAUGAACCUGGAAAAUCAGGAAUCUCCAACGAGGCCCGGCACAAAUGUGUCGGUACCCUACCUCAGGAAGGAUUUCAACGCAUCUAUCGACUCGUACCCAUCAACUCUGAUAUCUGCCUAUGAGCAUAGUAGUCGAGACGCGAGUCCUGUCAAGAAGCCACCGGUGCCGAAGUCAGUCCCGCUGAUGGGGAAGGAUGUGGACGAGCUAGAUGAGGCGAGCUGGGAAUACCCGCAGCUGAAAGACGAGAUAGUCACUUUAGGGAUGCUAGGCGAAGGCGCCGGUGGUUCGGUCGCCAAAUGCAAACUCAAGACGGGCUCCAAAGUGUUUGCCUUGAAGACGAUCAACACUUUGAACAGCGAUCCCGAAUAUCAGAAGCAGAUUUUCAGAGAGUUGCAGUUUAACAAGAGUUUCGAAUCGGAAUCAAUCGUGAAGUAUUACGGGAUGUUCUCGGACGAGGAGAAUUCAACUAUCUACAUCGCCAUGGAGUACAUGGGCGGCAGAUCGCUGGACGCCGUCUACAAGAAUCUGAUCAGCCGCGGUGGCAGAGUCAGCGAGAAAGUCCUGGGGAAGAUAGCAGAGGCGGUGCUGCGGGGCCUGUCGUACCUGCACGAGAGGAAAAUCAUUCAUCGAGACAUCAAGCCACAGAACAUCCUGCUCAAUGACAAGGGACAAGUGAAGCUGUGCGAUUUCGGCGUCAGCGGCGAAGCAGUCAACUCGCUGGCGACCACAUUCACUGGGACUUCUUUCUACAUGGCCCCGGAAAGAAUUCAAGGCCAACCCUACAGCGUGACCUGCGACGUGUGGUCUCUUGGGCUAACGUUGCUCGAGGUGGCACAGGGAUGUUUCCCCUUCGGCUCGGGCCGAAUGACCGCCAACAUUGCCCCGAUCGAAUUGCUGACCCUGAUCCUCACGUUCACACCAGAACUGAAGGACGAGCCUGAGCUCAAAGUGAGCUGGAGCAGAGCCUUCAAGUCGUUUAUCGAAUACUGUCUGAAGAAAGACCCCCGCGAGCGUCCAUCUCCCAGACAGAUGAUACGACAUCCAUGGGUUCAAGGUCAAAUGAAGAAGAAGGUUAACAUGGAGAAAUUCAUCAGAAGUUGCUGGGACAAGAAUGAUGACGAACUGCACACAUAUAGCUAG